AUGGCGUCCUUCCGCGCUGCAGCGCGGCUCCAAACACAACGAGGGAGGAACGUCCUCGGCUUCGCCGCCACGCCGUCACACUCCCGAGUCUUUAAAGCUGAGAGCCGCUGCCUGGGGUCAGAGCACAGAGGAAUCCUGCAGUCUGGAAGUCCGGGCCGGAAAAGUCUGAAGUCAACUGUCAUAAGAAGGGUCUCCGGUGUCUUUCCCUCCCAGCUGCCCAGUGACGCCUGGAUCAUUCAGCUGGGGGAGAACGGCAUCACCGACCUGAAGCCUCACACUCUGAGAUCAGUCCCAAAGAUCGAGAGUCUCAACCUGGAGCGAAACGCCAUCAAGUCCAUCCAUCCUGGAGCGCUGGCCGGAGCCGAGCAGCUGAUGCUCCUCAAUCUUUUCGGGAACCACAUCUCCAGCCUUCCGCCCCGAGGCUUCCAGGAGCUUCUGAACCUGCGCUUCCUCAUGCUGGGCCAGAACCAGAUCGGAUGAGCAGUCAUGAAGGAAAAAAGUGGAAU